UAUUAGAAUGGUCGAUCGCCGUCCAUCAGGCAUCAUAUCAGCGAGAUUGUUUAAUUGAUUUGAUCAAAUAUAAGAGUUUGUCACAAAAUUUUUCUAUUUUCGAAUGACUAAACCGUAUUAGUACCGAUCGGUAUACAACAUGUUUGAUAAGAUGUUGAAUUAUCGUUUAUUUAAUUUUUUGCGACGUGUCGGAUUUUAGGCCACCGAGCUCCAUACAUAUAUACUCUUUGUUCUCUUCCCGCCCACGAUAACGCCCAUUCCUAAUUCCUCCAAUCUCCAUAACUUGUAAAAAUAUCCUCGAACCUUCCAUCCGGCCAUCUUCAUCCUUGUUUUCUCGUGCAGCCUAAUCCAUUCGAAAAUGAGAGUAUGGAUCAAUCUCUGUCAUCCUGUCGUUCCCCCUUUAGUCCUACUAUUCCUCUCCCCGGUGUACUUCCUUGCCGAUGCACAGUCUGGCAGUACAGAACAAAUUUCCAAUAAUCCUUACGGACCAGACGCCAAUUUCAACCAGUCGAUGGCGGUGGUCGUCGUGUUCCUCAUGGUCGCCUUCUUCCUCAUGGCCUUUUUUUCCAUCUACAUCAGGGAGUGCCUUGAGACAACCGCCGCCGCCACCCACAACAACGGUCCGGUGAUCACCACCGGCCAGCCAAGGCACCACGGUCUCGACCAUACCGUGAUUGAGACCUUCCCGAUCUUCGUCUACUCCACGGUUAAGGAUCUGAAGAUCGGCAAAGGAGCGCUCGAGUGCGCGGUGUGCUUGAGCGAGUUCGAACACGACGAAAUGCUGCGUUUGUUGCCGAGAUGCUACCAUGUUUUCCAUCCCGAUUGCAUUGACGCCUGGCUAGCUUCUCACGUUACGUGCCCGGUCUGCAGAGCUAAGCUUGAACUCGGAUGCGAAGCACCACAAUCGAGUACCGACUCGACCGACUGUUCGAGUCGGGAUGAAAACCCGAGCCCAGAAGUAGUGCCAGUCGAGAUGCGAAACGAGCAGGUUUUGAUUGAUAUUAACGCUGAUCACAGCACUGUCGAGAUCGCGAACUGUCCUUCGAGGACGAGAAUAUCAGGGAAGUUCCCGAGGUCACACUCGACGGGUCACUCACUGGUUCAACCCGGAGAGAACACGGAGAGAUACACGCUGAGAUUGCCAGAGGAGGUGAGGAAGCAGAUGAUUCUAGUAAGUGGGAAGCUGAGGCGGUCUUGUAGCUACGAUGUCGUUUUGGGAAGGAUAGGGAGUAGGGAAGAACGGCAGUGUGGACCGGGAGGUUGGAGCGUCGGACUGGUGGGUGGUGUCAGUGACGCCGCCGUUUGUAUCGAGGGGUGGCUCCGUGAAGUCUCCAAGGUUGAGCGGGGAGGGAAACGUGACGAGUACUGGAAACAGUGGAAAGACCUUCUUGACGUCGGUUAAAGACGCCGUUAGAUUGUCUUCAGCGUGUAGACAGAGGAAGGGUAAGACAAAGAUCUGUCGAUCUCGUCUCAAGGUUAGACGGUGUGUCGUUGUAAACAACAGUUUUGUAUUAUAUUAGUUUAUUCCAUUUCAGCUCUUAAUUUC